GGCAAUGGGCUAAGAGUUGCAGUUGAUUGGAUUGCACUGACCAUCUCAUUGUUGCGAGUAUUGUCCACUCAGUGUGGACCAUUCUUCAUCUUUUGAGCUAACCGUCCCUUUUCUCUUGCCACUGGUUGGAUGGGUACCAGUCUGAUUGCCUUUCCUUUUGGUGUAUGGCCCUUCCACAGUGGCUCACCAAAUCAACAGUUGUGAUCACCAUGCACAAGUGCCACAUGUUCAAUAGAGAUGUUUUUGGUGCAUACUUCAUCGAACUCCAUGAAGCACGCAUACAUCCAGCAGCAUUUCUCACAGGAAAGAUGUCAUUUUUAACUGUCUAGUGUUUCUAGUUGCAAGAAUUUUCUACUCAAGCUGCCAAACCUGCUCCAAAAUCUCACAAUUCUAUAUCGAUUUGGACUAAAACAACAUUUUUUUUUCAACUACAUGUUUUCUCUAAUAGGUGUCUUCCUCAAGGCAUCGACAUCUAUUUUGAUAAUGUGGGUGGAGCCAUGCUUGAUGCCGUGCUUCUAAACAUGAGAUUGCAUGGCCGGAUCGCCGUAUGUGGGAUGGUAUCACAGCAGAGCAUCUCUGGUGCUGAAGGAAUCCAUAACUUGUUCAUGCUUAUCGCGAAACGAGUAAGGAUGCGAGGGUUUCUGCAGAGCGAUUAUCUGAAUCUGUUUCCACAGUUUGUGGAUCAGAUUAUCAAUUACUACAAGCAAGGGAAAAUUGUAUACAUAGAAGACAUGAAUGAAGGCCUUGAAAGUGCUGCAGCAGCCCUUGUCGGGCUAUUCUCUGGUAAAAAUGUUGGUAAGCAGGUCAUAUGUGUCUCUGCUGAUUGAGUUGCGUAUUUUUCUCUUAUCUGUAAUUGUAUCUUUAUUCAUGUCCUCCUUAAUUAUGGAGGCAUGAUUUUCCCUAAAAUUAGAAAGAAUCCUUUGGCUCUGA